AUGAACCAUCAUCAAUUCUUCGCACCUCUCAGUAUCCUGGAGCUUCAUCUCAUCGUGCAACUCGGCGACGGAUCGUACCCUUCCUCUGACCCAUCUCGCCUUCUCGUCGGCGUUGGCGGAGACAGCUUCGAGGGCAUCCCCGAUGACAAUCUCGUCCCCAUGCGCACUCACGGUACACAUGAGGGCAUGACCUUCGAUCUCACCUACUACCGUACUACCCUGCCGCUGGUCAAGGGUGGUCCCGAUAUCACCUCUCACGAUCAUGGCAAAGCCUAUAGUUGGGGUCUUCCCGCCUGCAGCACUUAUGGCACAGUAACUGUCAAAGACCAGACGAUUUAA